UAAAAUGGAUUUCACUGCCUACGGUUAAACUUCAUACAAUGCAGAUAGCAGUCCAGUGAGUCAGAGGAAGGCGGGGCUGGCGCCCCUGAGGCUGGGGUUGUGAAACACUCGGGUUUCUUCGUAAAUCCGAGGAGACACGAAGCAUUAAACUCGUCCCACAACUCGCAGAGCUCCGCCAUUGGCUGCAACCGUUCAUCCGCCGGGGAAGGGAGGCGGGGCCGAGCUUGUUGAAUGACGGCCAGAGCUGUGGUUGACACUAAAGACACAAGGCAGCCUCUGCGACCCACACGGGCCUACCUAUUUCACAUUUCCACAGUGUGGAGGCAUCAGAUGAAAGAGGAGGAGCGUCCGGUCAUUGCUUUUAACAUCGGGGGAUGUUGCCCGACAGGACGAUACAGCGUCGAGGCUGAGCGGACGUUUUCACAGGUUGAUGAUCCGUAUUUGGCACCGACCAUAGGGAAGCCCUCAAAAGUAAAUACAUGGCUUCAGUCUCUAUUAGCUGUUCCUAGAAAGACGAGGUUGUAUUAAUAUAAGAAAAAUACGCGGUGCCAUCUAAUUACUGGAAAAAUACAGACCUGCGACUAGUAUGACACAUUUAACGCUUGCAGGUUGGGGUAUAUUUGCUGAAGUUGACGCUCUGACUUGGGCUACAAGCAGCGUGUAGGGGGUCUUGGCUGUCAGUAAAGGACCGUCUGUCUUACACAUUUUGACAGAUAGCCAAUCAAAUCUGCUAUUCAAAUCGGUGCUCUUAUGUCAGUGACCUAUAUCUCAUGCAUGUGCACCAAGAGCCCGCAGUAACCCCUCCACCAGACCACUCAGCAUGGGUAUCAACGGGUAAUCAAGAGCAGACGCCCAGCAGAGAGUCCGAGACGGAGCAGCCGGCUGCAGAUCCUCCGAUGGAGCAGCGAGAUGCUCCCCAGGAAGCAGAGGGGAGGAAAGAUGAGCAGGCAGCGGGCAGCGAGUGUAAAAUCGCGCCAGAGGACAGCACCGUGCAGCUGAUCGAGGCCGGGUGCAAGCCGCCCCUCUCCCCGGCUUCUGAUGCCGAGUCGGGGGUCCAGGUGGAGAGGCACGGCCACGGAGCCGGAUUCGCCCCGCCCGAAGGAGGUUUCGGCUGGCUGGUGGUUUUUGCAGCAACCUGGUGCAAUGGGUCGAUAUUCGGGAUUCAAAACUCUUUCGGCAUCCUGCACUUGAUGCUGGUGCAGGAGCAUGCAGACCCAGACGAUGAGAGGUCUCAGUUCAAAGUGGCCUGGGUCGGGGCUCUGGCCAUGGGGAUGAUCUUCCUCUGUUCACCCGUGGUCAGCAUUUUCACAGACCGCUUCGGCUGCAGGAAGACAGCUGUCAGUGGGGCGUUUGUGGCGUUCAUAGGGCUACUUAGUACAUCCUUUGCUAACUCCCUGGGCCUUCGCUAUUUCACAUAUGGCAUACUGUUUGGCUGUGGCUCCUCAUUCGCCUUCCAGCCCUCAUUGGUCAUCCUCGGCCACUACUUCCGCCAGCGCCUGGGCCUGGCCAAUGGCGUGGUGACGGCAGGUGCCAGCCUCUUCUCCAUGGGUCUCCCUGUUUUGCUCGACAAGGUGUCGAAGCCUCUGGGCCUCAGCGGCACCUUCCAGAUUCUCAGCAUCUUUAUGCUUGUCCAGGCCCUGCUGGCGUUAAUGUUCAAACCUUUACUACCUGCUGGAGGCAUGGGACCGCCGGGCAUGGGUCCUGGCCCUGCUGAACCCCAAACCCAGCCAGGGGCCACCGCACAGGGCAGUGGCAGGUGGAGCAAGGACUUGGCUGAGCUCAAAAAGUACUUCAACCUGCGAGUGUUUCACAUCGUCACAUACCGGGUUUGGGCAUUUGGAGUUGCCACAGCUGUACUGGGUUACUUUGUCCCAUAUGUCCAUCUGAUGAACUUUGUGAAGGAGCAGUUCAAGGGUACCCAGAAAGAAUGGGUGCUGCUUGUGUGCAUAGGAGCUUCAUCUGGGGUGGGACGCCUCGCUUUCGGCAAGAUCGGUGACCUCAUUCCUGGUCUUUACAAAAUCUACAUGCAGGUGGUGUCCUUCAUGGCUCUGGGCCUGAUGUCCAUAAUGAUUCCUCAGUGUACAGUGUUCGAGGGGCUCGUGGUUGUGUGUGUGUUCCUGGGGCUGUGUGAUGGAUGCUUCCUCACCAUGAUGGCUCCCAUAGCGUUCGAGCUGGUGGGGCCAAUGCAGGCCUCGCAGGCCAUAGGCUACCUUCUAGGCCUCAUGGCUUUUCCCAUGACAGCAGGUCCACCAAUCGCUGGUCUCCUGCGUGAUUACUUUGGAAACUACAAGGUGGCUUUCUCUCUGGCUGGGGUGCCUCCUAUGGUAGGGGGCAUGGUGCUGUUCUUUGUGCCCCUGAUACACUUCAGGCUCCAGCGAGGCCAGGCAUCACUGGAAGAAACAUCCACAACUGCCCAUAUGUUGUCCACUGGCCAAACAGCGGGGGAGCCCAAGAGCUGCUCCAACGGAGACAUCCUGCCUGGCUAUACUGACGUAGAGACACACAUCUGAGCGCUGCAUACAAAGGGAUUCAGCCCACCAGCACCUUUUCUCAUCCUUAGAUUGCCCUCCAACCGUGGACUUCCUGUUGGCUGACCCUUAACCUCUCACCCUCCUGGACCCACAAAUGUAUGUUUGUUAUUUUGAUGUGGAGCAAAAUUGAAAAGGGCGCGCUGGUGGUAGCCACAGAGAAGAUGACAAGAAGGCACACAGUGUAAGCUGAUGGAAAUGAUUGAGGAGGAUAUGCACAACACAGUCUCAACUGGGAUAAUUUAAUCAGAAGGGACUCUGUAGUAACACAUAUCUCCAAGAGGAAAGACAUGAAGAAAUUUUAACCAACAGCAGUAGUUUAUAAUUUCACAGCUUUUAUCUUGCUACCUUAGCUUUCUGAAGCUGUAAAAUAUUACUAUGCUUUGUUUUUAGAUUUCAUACAAUAUGAUGUUAGGAUAAAGAGGCAUACAAAAUAAGAAAUAGUGAAAGGAUGCAUUCACACAUUCACUUCUUUGUUCUAUUCAACUCUAAUCUACUGCCUGCAUUUUCUGCCAUGACACUACACAUCUGUUUGCAAAUGUUACAGGAGGUAACAGACAAUCCUCCUCAGACAUUAACCACCAGACACAAUCACCUCAACUCAACUGCACACUGUGCAACACUGUACUCACAGCCAGGGUUCCAAACCCAUUGCAAAAUAGUUUCAGCUACUUAACUAGCCUGCCUGCAUGAGAGACAGAUGUGUGACUGUGGCAGCUGUUGAUGACUUUGUAGCAGGAAAUCUGAUUCACCCUGGAGUGGUUUUUUGUUUUUUUAAAAAGUGGUUUUCAGUGAUUUUUGCCGCUUUUUGCAGGUUAAUUUACGCAGUCAAAGUAAGUAGUGAUGAGUCAUGAAGGCCAUGUAAUUCAUGUGAAUUAAUGAAACUUUACAGUUGAUACAAGGUCUUUUUGUGAGCCUUACAUUUCAGCUUCUUUCUCUUCUGUGUCAAACUGUGCUUGUUAUGGCUUUGAAAACACAACUAGCUUUUGUGCAGUGUGCAUUCUGUAUACUCAUUCAAGUGGAAAAAGUUGGAAUCAUGCAACAAGAGAUUGACGGCUUUUUUUUAAUGCUCUGAAAAGGGUUUUUUACAUUUUAAUUGGGCCUUUUUUUCUUUGUGUGAAUGUUAAAAUUGUGUGUGUGUGUGUGUGUGUGUGUUUGUGUGUUAGGGUUAGGGUUAGUGUGUGCGGCACCUUUUCAUCCACAUUUUCGAUAACAGAGGCAGUUUUGUAAUAUGAAGCCUCUACGUUACAACCUGUUGAUGCUGUUGAAGCUGCCAAGUCUCACAGAUAAUCCAGUCAGGCCGAGGAUUUGCUGCUUUAGUUCAGUCUCGUCGUGAGGGCGUCACAAUCAAAACUUUGCGGCCUCGUUGAGAUAUUCCCUCAAGAGGAAGGUUUGCGGUUACCGUUAUGUUUCAUACAUUUUGGACCGCUUACCCCUGCACUCUUACAUUACAAAUCCUGUUGAACAAUCGACUGUAAUGAACAGAUGUGAAGUAGAGCUGCAAUAAUUGACAGUUUGUUUGCAUUACACUCUGUAAUGAUUAUAUGCAUAACUGGGUAGUAGAGUAGAGGGUAUUGGGACACAGCAAAGGAAGGAAACGCCUUUGGACGACAGUUCACUCACAAUGAGUCCAGGUGGUAUUCCUCUCUGUCAGAUUCUUCUCCCACUUUCACUGGUGUUACUCAGUCAGCUUCUGUGUUACAAUACUUUACAAACUAAAAGCUACACAAACCUCACUGCUGAAGGUAGUUUUUGGGACGUAAUGCCAUAGGACAAACCAUAGGACCAGUAGUACACCUACAGUAUACCUCAUUAAUCAAACGAUCCUCAGCAAUCCAGUUGAACACGUCGACAUUCUUCAUUAUACUUUAUGUUCCCGCUGCUCUGUGUAGUGGUUUGUUAAUGCAGUCGGAUUCAGGUCUCAGAACCUCAAAGCUGCCAAACAUCUGUUUAAAAAAAAAAUCCACCUUGCUUCCUCCAUAACCUCAUUCAGUGUCUGUUUAGGUUCCAUGAAAGUGUGGAAAUGUCAAACAAACGUCCAUCAUAGAGCAGUUGGUGUGUAAUCAGUUUAUAGACUUAUCCUUCUUUCUUAUUUUGCCUUCAUGUCCUUUUGCUCUGUUGUUCGUUAUCCUCACCAUUCCUGCUCUCUGUCACUUUACCUGCACAUUUACUAGGUAUCAAUAGUUUCUCUUUUAUCAUUGAAGAAAUGCAGUUAAAUAAAUGCCUCAUAUCCACGAUUAAACAACCAUAAGCAGUGGAGACACAUUGAAAGGUUUAAAAAAUGUGAAAGGAAAAACAUCAGCUCCUAAUUUGACUGAGGUAGUGUUAAAUUCGAUUGGCUAAUUAUGGUCAAAAUAUGAUAUAAAAAAGAAAAAAGAUAGGCGCAAUUAAAAAGUAUGGACUGCGUGAGCUGUUCAUGUAUCAGGAAUAUAAGCUAGUGAUAUCAUGAAGCUCAUCACAGUAAAGCAUAGUGUUUAUUUUUGAGAAGCCAUCCACCACCAAGCAAAUCAAAAUCUAAUUCACCACAAUAUAUAUUUGCAGUAUUUUUUCUAUUUUAUUUUGCUUUAUUCUCCUGCAUAAUGAUAAACUGUGAAAUGUGUUGCAGCUUAAAGUGUAUUUCUGUGUUAUGAAGGCUGCAGGAGAUAGCAGCAAACAGUAGAACUGCAUGAAAAAUGUAAUUUUACUCAACAUGAGCACUGGACUGCAUCCACUAACAAUGUAAAGAAAAGGGCCGGGUGUUAUUGACCGAUCGCACCAGUUUACUGCUGUCAAACUUGAGGCCUGUGUCACUAAAGUCCCUGAAUCUCACAAAUGAAAGGGUGAAUAAAAACUACUAGAAUAAUAACUAAGUAAUGGCUGCCUCUUGCAGCCAUAGUGGAGGACCCCGAUGUUAUGGUUAACAGCAGCUGUAAAAGGCUGAUAGUGUUUCUAUGCACAAGACGAAUGCGUCUCAACAACAUUUUAAUGGAAUUGUGAUAAAAAAUAUUGACUGUGAAUUUGUUUUCCUUUUUUUUAUGUUGAAUAUGUUGUCUCAUUGUUACAGUAGCUAGCAGCUUUCCUGUUACUUUUGUUUGUCCUUUUGAUGAAAAGACAAGGACUAAAAGCAAGACAGCAGCAGAAACCUCAAUCUGAAAAACAAAUCUGCCUUAUCAGACCAGACUGAAAAGCAUUACUGAAUUUGCCCAAAUGCGAUACAAUCCUCCACUGGACCUCCGCGACAGCAUCUGAGGUCGUCGCUAUAUUUGACACACAACUACAAAGCCUGUGUUGUGAAUUUUCCAGAACUUAACGUGACUUUUUAUUCAUUUUUUUCCUUUUUAAUUUUUUUUUAUUGUUGUUUUCAGUGUAGAUGCUUGUCAGUCGUGGAUCAAUAUUAACAACCUCCUCACUUGAUUUCACCUGAGUCAACUUCACUUAUAUUCACCCACCCAUUUUCUGGUCAGAACCAGCUGAGGUGGUUAAUAUGCUACUGUAGAUUCAAAUAGAGGAAACUGACAUGUAUCAACAUACUGUAUGUACUUUAUAUACUUUUGUAAUGGUUUUUAAUUAACCAUAAGCUGUUGUAUUGUUUUAGUUUGUUUUUAAAGAUUUGUUGGUGUUUUUAGUGAAACAAUUCAAUGACUACUGGAAAAAGAAGAACUGUUGAGUUUAUGUGUUCAGAUUUAAAUAGUAUAUAAAAGUGAAGGAGUUGAAUGAAUGAAGAAUGAUUACAGGACAUCUGGAUGGUUGCGUGGUGUCUGCUGAACCAGUGUUUGGCUUGCCAAAGUCUUUUCGUCUAUGCAGCGCUGCUCACAGUUCACUUCCUGCGACCUCUUCACUUUCUGAACAUGUCCAUAUCUGAAUGACGAAUGUUCACUUGGACUCCCAAGUUUGCAUUUGUCUCCUGUAGCACUCGCUUUUAUGUUACCUGAUCUAUAUACUACUAACACUACUACUUGUUUUACUUAAUGGUUUUGAAGAGGGUUUCUUUUUUUCUAAUAAUUAGAAAGAUUUUGAACUGUUGUGGGACUUUUAUCUGUUUUCCCUCACAAAGUGGUGAAAAUGUCACCCUUCUCUCCUGUUGGUGCUUUUGCGUAUGACACACAGUGUGCAGGUCAGAGCAACAGAGAGGCACAUUCAGCACCUAAAUAAAGACAGGCUUAUAUUAAACACUGUCCUACACAUGAAUAAAUUAAGCUUGCAGGUUUCUUAGUUGAUGCAUUCUUCCAAAACCAGUUAAAAACUGGUCAAAUUAACUCAAAGCAACAUAUUUACAUUACAUGUAUUAACAAAUAAUGUGUCAAUCUUACUUAAAUAAUCAGUUUACACUAUUUUAUGCAACUAUGGCACUUCAGUUCACAGCUCUUCGUUGCUCAGCUACCAGAUAACAGACCUCACCUCACAGUCUCACCUCAUUAGACUUUCCUCUGGCUGAAAUAAAAACACACCCGACGAAAGCAAUCCAAGCUGUGGCAAUAUGAAGUCUUGUUAUUCUCCUCUCCAAUAUGCUGUUUCUCUGCUCCUCUGACCUCAGUCUUUGCCUACCGUUUAACUGGCGGGCUUUGGUCUGGCCUGAAACCAUACAAAACAAGAUGUGAAAAAGGAUAGCUUAAUGUCUUUAUAUUAUGAGCUAUGAUUUAGCAAAAAUCCAACACCUCACACAGACAGAAUUGCCAGUGUUGUUGCCAGUACCAGUCAUCAGUUGAUUUUCUUUUUUUACUGCUAUUUUUCAGAUGUGAAUAAUGCAAAGACCUUUUUUAUGCUCUGUGUUCUAGAAACCUGCACAUUUUUCUUUAGCAUAAUGUAUUUUUUCCAACUUUUGCCGGUGAUAUAUUCUCACGUUUGUCUCUGUAAUGUCCAGGCCUCCCUGCAGCCUUACAUGUUAAAGUAUGAGUCAUUUUUCUCUGCAGGGCUCAACUAAACUUUCCUGUUCUAACCUCCAGUAAUGUUGCUGCAGUAAAACCUCUAUUGCCUCUCUUCACUUCUUAGAGCUGUUGGCUUCUGUUCUACCUUUUUUUUUUUUUUUUUUUUUUAAAUAUAUCUCACAAUUUCUGUUUUACUCAUUUUACGAAACAUGUUCUAACAAGGCCAGUUACAUCAUGAGAUCUGAAAUUAAGUCAUGCUGCUAGAAAAUUAAUGUAAUUUUUGUGUUUGUUUUUUUUUGUCAAAGUAAUUUUGAAUCUGUAUAAAAAAAAGGCAAAUCUUUUUCUAUUAAACCAACAAUAAAGAUGUAAUAUGAAAACAACUCC